AUGUUGAAUUCGCUCACAUUACUCCUGGAAAAAGUGUUCUUCCUCACUCACCUCAAUGUCUUCAGGCCCAGUUUGUUGUUUUCAGACACAGACAGAGCGAGGGAGAAGAAGAGAUUUACACAUCACUGCGAGAAAGAGGGGGGGAGAGAGGGAGUCCCGGAUACCUCCGCCGGCGCCGCACUCCCAGACUCCAUAUACCAACGGGGAGACUUGCUAGAAGUGCCCCGGACUUUAUUCACUCAUUUCGGCAUCUAUUUAGGAGGCAACCGGGUGGCGCAUCUGAUUCCGGAUAUCUUGCCACUCUUUACAACGGACAAGCGUUCCAUCCAGGUGAUGGUAACAAACAAACGCUUAGUUCUCGGAGUUCUAUCCAAGAGCGCCAGCAUCCGGGUGGAUACUGUUGAGGACUUUGCGUAUGGAGCACCAAUUCUACUGAACGCUAUGGACACUACCGUGCAGAAACGACCGUUUGAUGGCGAAGAGAUCGCGAGUAGAGCGGAGAAACUGGUUGGGAAGAUACCGUACAGCUUGCUUUGGAAUAACUGUGAACAUUUCGUUACUUAUUGCCGGUAUGGCAUUGCAAUCAGCAUUCAGACUGACAAGUUCUGUGAUUGGCUGAAAUCUGUCAUCCGGGAUCACAGGAGUGUUCCGCUGACAGCGUUCCUGGGAAUUCUGUCUGUCGUCUAUCUGGGAAUGUCCUCCUACACCGCCUUGCCCACCCUCCUCAUCCCCUUCACCCUCUGGAUGGCUGGCUGAUUCUGGGAAUUCAAGAAUGGACUUGGAAUUAUGGAAUUAUGGAAUUUUGGGAAUUUUUAUAAUGUGUAUAGAAGUGUAUGUUGUGUU